AUGGCGUUUAAAAGCAGUGCGACCCUCCAAAAGGCCUUACACGUUUUGCGAAACCUAAGAUCCAUCAAUCUUCAGAUCUCACCCCAGAUCUUCCGCCAGAUCUUGUGGCAGAUCCAUCGCCAUCGAUCGUCCAUCAUGGUCUGCAGACGCCUUGCAACUAUGGCUGUGAUAUCCAGUCUUGCCUCCCUAGCAAUCGCAGAAGAAGGCCGACCACGCGGAAACUUCAGACUGUGCACCGAAGUCACACCACAGUGCCCCGCUAUCGCAACGACAUACGGCUACUACCCAGUACUAGGCGUUAACGCCUUCUUCCUUGCUCUGUUUGGGUUGUGCUGUCUUGCCUCCCUCAUCAUCGGUAUCUGGACAAAAACAUGGACGUAUACGGUCGCACUCGGUAUUGGAUCACUUCUUGAGACUGGCGGCUACGCAGGACGCAUCAUCAUGAAUGGCAACCCAUGGAGUGAUUCAGGUUUUCGCCUGCAGAUCGUAUGCCUCGUUCUCGGCCCAUCUCUGGUCGCCGCCGCCAUCUACCUCACGCUCAAACAUUUUGUCUUAUACUGCGGACCGCAGUACUCACCUCUCAAACCGCGUCUGUACCCGUGGGUGUUCAUCGGCUGUGACAUUGGAUCUAUCGUUCUGCAAGCUUGCGGAGGAGGUGUUGCUGCAUCAGGAGCCAACAAUAUCAAGCUUCUCAACGCUGGAAACAACCUGAUUAUUGCAGGCAUCGCAUUUCAGGUUGCAACCAUGGCCGCAUGUGGCCUGCUUGUGCUGUUGUUUGUCUGGCGUUACCGUAAGGAUGCUCCCAUGAAGGGUCAGCUGAACGAGAAGAGCAACUACCGACUCAGCAAAGAGCAAGGCAAUAUCUCACUCGCCAAGGUCAAGAUCUUUGGUGCUGUUGUCACCCUGGCAUACGUUACGGUACUCAUUCGUUGCAUUUACCGUCUGCCAGAGAUGGCUGGUGGCUGGGGUAACCCACUGAUGCGCAACGAAAAGGAAUUCUUGAUGAUUGGAAUUGCAUGCGUAGCCCUUACGGUGUUCCAUCCCGGCUUCUUUUUCCCUCCAUUUGCUGCCUUCCGUCACGGCAAGAGACGUGUGAGCUCAGAAUCAGACUGA